GGGCUUGCCUGGAAGUAAGGACAGCGAUGUUCCAUUCAGGAAAUGGUAUGGCUGUUUGUGGGAAUUGCGUUCCUUAUUCCCACAGCACUGCAAACUUGUAAUUCUCACUGCAACUGCGACAAAAGAUACGAAAGAACAAAUACUAAGCACGCUACACCUGUCUACAAAUGAUGUACAUUUCAUCGAGCAGAGCCCAGAUCGAAAAAAUAUACAAUACAGCGUUCAGUAUUUAGAAAAGGACGAUCAUUUGGAAAAUGCCUUUUCAUCACCAAUUCAAGAUGUUAAAGAACAUGGUGCAAAUAGUCAGCGAACAUUGAUUUACUGUCAGACUCGAAAACAGUGUUCAAUUAUUUACAGCAUUUUUGAAGUGUAUUUGGGUAAGCAACUAUUUCUUGGUGACUGUUUACCACAAAAUAGGCUGGUUGAGAUGUUUGAUGUAGGAACACCUCCCCUUGCCAAGGAACACAUCACCAAAAAUUUAGCAGACAAAAAUGGUCAUUUACGCAUACUUGUAUCCACAAUUGCAUUUGGUAUGGGAGUGAAUUGUAAGAAGGUACGAAGGGUGGUACAUUUUGGCCCGUCCAAGAACAUCGAAAGUUAUGUGCAAGAGUGUGGGCGUGCUGGUAGAGAUGGACAACCUAGUUCCUGUUGCCUUGUUUACAAUUGUUUAUUGUUAGGGCACUGUGACAAGGAGAUGAAAGUGCAUGUGCAGGCUAAAGAGUGUCGUCGAAAGAUACUGAUGGAUAAUUUUGGCUAUCAAUGUGAAAAACAAAGUGAGCUAUCUCACAAAUGCUGCAAUAUUUGUGCUGAAAACUGCUCGUGCCAAGAAAAAUGCACUGUAUGGAAUCUAUGUGAAGAGAAUGAAGUUGAUCUUACCAUGUCAAAUGAUGUUACAAAAACAUGUAUUCAAAAGCCAGUUUCACCAGGACAAAAAAAAAUUGUUGCACACUGA